GUAAUUUAUUUCUUUAUUUUACUAUUUUUGUUUAUUUGUUAGGUUGUUCUUAAUACAGAAUAGACAAUCGUGCAACUGAUUUAGGUCUAGCGUAUGAAUGUCUUAUAGAUAUCGAUCUAAAACUUUUUUGGCAAUUAGUACCUUGGUGAGCCGAUCGGAGAUGUCCUACAAGAGAAAAACACAAACUAAUAGAAAAAAUUCGAAAAAACUUAAAACAGAAAAAAACAGUGGAGAAUAUUGUUUUCCUCAAGACAGAUGUAUGCUUAAUGAUUCUCAUGAUUUCAUCAGUGACCUGUCCAAAGUCCAGUCAGAUGAUGUUGAAGGUCCACUAAUUGGUGAUCAUGAAACUCAGGAGUCAGAAGGUGGAGAAGCUGAUCUACACAAACAUCUUGCUCACUGUAAGAAGAAUCCAGGUCAUAAACAGUUUAUACCUAUUGAUACAUUCACCUUGAAACAUUUACCUGAAGAUCUUCAACACUAUGACUUUUAUGAAUGCAUCAAAGUUAUAGCUGACCUGACAGUUAGAGUAAGUGUUUUAAUAAACAGUCCACACAGACCAAAGUUUUGGCCGGAGACAACUGAACCAUAUCCAUUUUAUAACAUGAGUGAGAGAAGAAACUGUAGGACAGGAAGUGGAAGAGUCUGGCAUGUAAACAAGUUUCAAGAUGGAGUCAGACAAGAUAAAGGUUAUAGAGAUAUUGACUACACAAAGUGUUGGUGUAGAAAGUGUGAAAAUUCAGACUCACCCAGCAAUGUGUGGUGGGAGUUUGAUGUGGACACAGCCACACAUGUGGUUUUUGAUGACAUCGAGGCCAGCCAUACGACCUUGAGAUUGUUUUUUGAUAGUGAUAAAAGUCCAGUGGUUAAUGUUGAUAAGGUCAGUGUUAAAUAUGUUAACAUUGAGGAUGACUUUUGUUGGUUGAAAUGUGUGACAUGUGACAAAAAUGUAGGAAAUAAACUUAUGAACAUGUGGGAACAUUUUGAAAAUGUCUGGGAGAAAGUCUGUAAUAAAUACUCUGCUUCCGGAUCUAAACACAAGUUUACCUUUAUAGUGUCACAUCCUCAUGGAUGUUCUAAACAGGUCAGUCUUGGUUAUUGGAAGGACAGACACAAAGUGGGUGUUAGAUCUAAGUUUACUUAUACCACUUGUAAAUGUCCAGGAAGUAGUGGAGCAUAUGUUCACUGUCUAGGGUUUGCUAACUGGACUUCGUCUGAUCUUGUCCACAGUGGAAGUCUCAAGUCUGGAUUAAAUUGCAGUGGAAUUGGUCGUGUCUAGUGAGUUGUUUUCCUUAUGAGUUGUCAAAAAUUAUUUUGAGAACCUUUGACAUUCUGAACUUCAUAUAUAAACAUUUUUUUAAAAAGUUUUGAAAUAAAUACAUUUAUAUUUUUUGUUAAAUAUUUGAGUCUAUUUUUAGACAUUACAAAUUUUAAUCUAAUGAUUUGGUCAACUUAUGUAUUGUUAUGUUUAUAAAGGCUGUCUUCAAAAUAACAAUUUUUGUUUCUUUUUAUAACUAUGUUAAUAUUUCUAACUUACAUCUUGUCACAGUCUUAGUUGACAUUGCAUGAUCUAAAGUUCACGUCAUGUUAAGAGUUGAAAAGACACGUGGAAUUCCUGAUGUAGAAAACAGGAAGUAGAAUGAAUAAAGUUGACUUGAGUUCAGUCAGUCAAGUCGAGCAGUCAAGUGAAGUCAAGUUAGUAAAAGUCAAGUGGUAUUCUUUGGACCGAGUGGUCAAGUAUAUUUUGGUCCGGGAUGGACAGUAGCGACUUAGAAAAGUCUGUAGUAAUUGCAGUUAGGAAGUAAUUUAUGGGCAGUUGUUGCCAGUGGUCUUUUUGAGACAUGUAUUAGUUGAUCUAUAUUUCUGCACAGUGUUACCCGCUGAGAUGCGGACGUGAUUUGUGAUUAACGUAUUGGACAUUUUUGAUACCGCUGUUAUGCUGAUAGGAUUGUUUAUUAUUUCUUGACUUGUAGCACUAACAAGGAGUAUUAUUAUUAUUGUGUUGUAAAAUAAACUUUAUAUUUGUCUGCUGAAA